AUGAUUUUCAGGUGCAGCUUUCAGGGCAUCCAUAGUGAUCAUUGGUUCUCUAUAUCACGACCAUCACCAACCAACGAAGGUCCUCCCUUCCUAAAUCUGGCCUUGUAUUUGUUCUCGAGCCAAAUCACGUUUUUUCUUGUUGAUACCGAGUUCUUUGAGAACCUGCCUGCCUGGGUCACUGACAACUUUACCAUCACCCCCGGAGGCUACCAUGAUGGCCAACCAUCUCGCAAUAAAUUAGUCAUCUUUGCUGAUGGCAGCUACCUAGAGUUCUUCAACUGGUAUGACACACCGCCGUCUCUAGAUGAAGAGACCUUGCCGAUGAGAUUCUGGGGCACCAAAACCCCAGGGCUUAUCGACUUCGCAAUUACUGAAACUACCCAAUCUGCCGAAGAAUCCGUGGGAGUGGUUAACCAACGUUUAUCCGAGGGGCCGGAUAAUGAUGCUGGUCUUGAGCUCAAAUUCGGCAAGCCAAUAAUAGGAUCACGCAAGAAAGCCGAUGGCACAGAGAUCAGCUGGAAGAUCACCCGGCCAGAGUUUUCCAAAGGCGAUAAGACCCCCAGUGAGGAACUUUUCGUGAAUGGCAGAAUUGACGUCCCAUUCUUCUGCCAUGAUGUCACCCCAAGAAUCAAUAGGGUCCCAAGCGUGGAUAAGGACAAGACUACACAUUCCUGCGGUGCCACUGGCAUCGCGGCCUGUGAGAUCCUGUUAUAA